AUAAACAAGAGUGGACAAAAGGGGGACACUGGAAUUAAAGGCCACAAUCUUUUCUUCCUGAUCCUAAUUUACCUUCAAAUUAAGGCAGUUGCUACUUAAGUCUAAGGAUCCUUUCUCAGCCCACAGCAGUGGUUUCAACUGGGGGCAGUUUUGCCUCCCAGAGGACACUUGGCAAAUUUUAGAGACAUUUUUAGUUGCUACAACGAAGGGGAUGCUACUGGCAUCUAGUGGGUAGAGGCCAGGGAUGCUUCUAGACAUCCUCCAGUGCCCAGGACAGUCCCCACAGCACAGAACUCCCUGGCCCCAGAAGGCAACCAGUGUAGAGGCAGAGAAACCACCACCUAAAUGAGCUAUGCUGACCAGUUCUUAAAUUCUUCCCUCUGGUGUGCUUCCACCUGGCCCUUCCUAGGCCCACCACUCUUUCCUGUAAUGUCCCCCCUUUUUCUCUCCAGUGCUCCAAGUGUUUGAGAGUCUAUCACCAAAUUUAUUUCUCCCCUUGAAGAUUUUAUCUGAUCGAAUGAUUUCAUAUCCUAAUAAGGAUAACUGUCACUUUGAAUUUGGGGUCUUGUCUUGACUUUGGUCCCAUCCUCCUAAAUGAUAGGCUGAAAGAAAUCUCCACCCAGACUGUACCUCCUUCUCCCCUCUGUCAGGUCCAAAACCAGACUGGAUAGGCACCAUGCCAGCUUUUCUCCAGGUCCUCCCUGACUUCUCCAUCCCAGGGGCCAGAACUUGGGCUCCCCUGACCCUUGCAUGUUGCACCCGGGGGCUGCUGGAGGGUCCUCUGGGAUCCCUCUGACUCCCUCCCUCCAGCCUUCUUGCUUCCUUCACUGUGCCUGUUUCUCUGUCCCUUAAAGGUCACGACCAGCCAGGGUCUCCUUUGUUCUCUUCAGCAGGACCAUCCUCCACACUGCUUCAAUCCUGCCCUAAAACUAGGCUCAAAUCCUCACUUGCAGGAUUAAAAAAAAAAGUUCAAUAUCUGUUCCAUUUCCUACCAAAGAAGCCUCCAAACUGUUUGCCCUGCUAUUCCAUGUCAUCCUCAGAGAAACACUAUCCAGUACUCCCUGCCUCUCUCUCCCACUGCUCCCCCAGGCCCGGCCGGGUGACCUGUUCUCUUUAUCCAGCCGUGUGCCAUGUUUCUUACUAUUGGAUCUUUGUUCGUGGUAGGCCGACGUCUCCCAUCCCCCCACUUUUGCUCACAGCCUAGCCAUCCAUCCCUCCGUGGAGGCCCAUCUGCAACUCCAUUUUCUCCAACAAGGUCCCCCCCAGCCCACCGCCCCAGUUGAGGGGUCUUUCUUUUCAUUUUUAUGUUGCUUAGCCUCUAGGAGGGAGGAUACUGUCGGCCCGAUCUUCAUCCCGUCAGUGCGUGUGCUCUCCUGGCAAAUAAUCCAGGUGCUACAGGCUCCUGGGGAUGCAGAACAGACUCUCUGCAUCCAUUCCUUGUUGAAUAGUGCUGUGGGAAAGAGCCUCGGUGACAUGGGCUGUGCGCGAGGCCUGGUGAGUGUAAACCAUCCCUUUAGGGCCCCCAUCGCGGCCUCCUUGAGGCUCCAAACCGCGACACCUACUGACCUUCCACUUCGGCAGGGCUCAGCAUCCCCGUGACCUCAACUCCUUAUCCAUCUGGGGCUGUUCCUCUGCAUCGGGGCAGUGAGCCCCCUCUCUCCUCAGAGUCUUGGCCCUCUACCUGCAGGCCCUUCGCCUCCUCCUCGCCUCGCCCCGGCAGCGGAUCCCCCUUAGGGGUUUGCCCACCGCCAUCGGCAAAAACGAGGGCUGCUCCCUGAGAGACCCCACCUCCUCUUUCAGCCUCGGUGACCUGGGGCGCCAGGAAGUGACCCCACAACGCCAGCCGGCCUCGUGGCGGCCCAGGCCUGGCCGCCAUACGCCCGCCCACCAACCGCUCCUAACCACCCCAGCGGCACAACCUCUUAGGGCGUUCCAACGCGGCGCCCCCUAUUGGACCUCCCACUCACAUCCGGUUUCCGGUCUGACGCCCCCCGCUCAUUCGCUAGGCAGCCUUGAUUGGCGUGACCCCAGCCCAAUGGCUGACCCAGCGCUGGGGUCGGAGGGGAGUGAAUUGACUGUUGCCGCCGAGUUGGCACAUUCCGUGGAUGCCCAAAAGGUUGAGCCGUUACGCGUGGGGGUAGUUGUUCAAAGUUUGAACCAAAGUUCAGUGUUGGUACUUAGAAGUGUAUUGACCCGAAGAGCUGAGAUGAUACGCCCUUGGGGGGGCGGGGCUCCAAACAUUACCCGGGGUCCGACUUUGUCAGUUUUUAUCGGCACAGCUCAUCCGCAUGGGUGGUACGGGGGCAAUGAUGCGCGGUGGCUCUGACCCCCUCGUUCAAAGAGGGAUGUGUUAGGUUUAUCGAGGUGGGAGUGUGUGUGCGUACGUGGUUAGCCUGACCGUGGCUCGUAGAUACAGCGAUCCAGGCGAUGCGAUCUAAGCGAUGCGCCCCGCUUGCCGCAGCCCACCUUGCACGUACCAUCCCUCCCCACGCCCUAAGGCCAAGUGAUCACCUCCUUCUUGCCCAGCUACCUUCCACCUAAAAGUGGCUCAUGGGUCCAUGUCACCCACUGGCAAGACAGAUAUGAUGCUUGAGUCCCGGGUCUUACGUGAACUACACGCAGCAAAUUUUUCCUGGGGCUCAAAUCCCUCCGCAAACCCCCAAACCUUGAUCUGUGUCCAUGCGCACGCCAAGCCCACCCAGGUGGUGUUGGCAUUUAUCCCUGCCGGCUCUGAGCCCACCCCGCACUACAGCGACUGCGAUGGGAGCUCAAGCCGGGCGAUUGCCGGGUUUGUGGCCGGACUUAGUGCCGCCUCAGCGGGCUCAGGCAUUAGAAAAGUAAAGCAGCUGUUUUGGGGGACCCAUAGCGAGACGACAAGAACUUGAAGGGGGCUGGAGAGGGGCUAGAGAAGCUGACUGAUCAACCCCGCAGCCGGUGCCGGAAGCGGGCAACAAGCGCACCGCGGUCGCAGCUGCCCGCACGGCACGGUGUGUAUCUUUGGGUUCGGUGCGCACAGGGUUUUUCAGUUUCCGAGACCACCUUAAACCGGCCAUAAAUCUCAACUGAAAUUCCAUUUAGCCCUCUCCCAGAACAGCAAGACCCCUGGAACUCUAGGGCCUUCAGUCUGUGGGGUCCCUGUGUGCGUCCCACAACCCCCAGUUCCGUGCCGCGGCAGCUACCGCUUGUAGGGUCUUGGUAGUAGAUACCCAAGACCCUCUUACUCCCUUGUAUUUAUCGUCGUCCCCAUGAACGGAGAAGAACCCUGCCUGCGUCACCGUAGGCCACUGCAGAGACCCCAGAAUGUGGUGGGGAUGGGGGACAUUGAUGUGCUUUAUAGGAGCCUGCCUCGGCAAUCGGCAAACAAAAGCCGUAGAAGCGAUGUAAAGUACCCCAAACACAUUUUAAAAACAAAUUGCGUGCUCACACUCGUCAGCCCCUUUCCCCUCGCCACCAGUCUGCUCCGCCGGUGGGCUCACGACCACCUGUCGCAUCCCCGCGCGCUCCUGCACCCCCUUCGCACGUGCCCGAAGCCUUGCGCUCCAGACUCGGGACUUAGGAUCUGAGGCUGCUCAGGGCUGGGGGCUGCGGCUCAGGGGUUCAGGGGUAGUUUGGGGUUACGAAACACUCCUGCAGUCCCCCCUCCCCCGAGGAGAGUCUGUUGGGUCUGGGAGGGAGGGGUUCAGCUCCUGCGCUCCCGCAGCCCGGGGCCCACGUCUUGCGUCACGUGUCCUGCAACGCAGGAGAGCGCUCUCUCUGACCAGGGGAGAAGCGAGGAGAAACACAACAAAUCAGUCAGGGAGAGGACUGGAAGGAGCCAAAACGUCCCUGCGAGGCCUGCGCGCAUCAGCCCCCUUACCCAAAGUCUGGGGCUCCCGGAGCCUGGCGCCGGCUCCCAGAGCCAUCUCGACACUGGACCUGCGUCCUCUGGUGGCAGAAAAAGAGCACUACGAGCGAUUUUCGGACCGAAUCGGCGCGCUCCUCUGAUCCAAGCAGGCGGGGCUGGCCUGGGACUGAGCAAAAGAGAGAGGAGGGGACGAGUAAGGCCAAAGGUGGUAGGGGGUGUCCAGGGGGCAGCCUGAGGGGAUAAAACGUGACCAGAAAGGAGCCGAGACUCAACCAGCAAAAAUAGACUUGUUUUUGCCAUGGUCUGGGGUUCGAGGCCUUGAACCCCUGAACCCCUAGACCUCACUAGGGUUGGAUAGUGAGGUCGGAGAACUUUCCAGCUGGUACUUUGAUUUAAAUUUUUUGAAAAUAUUUUUUUUCACCCUAGUUCGGUUGGGUGCUCCGUCUCACGGGGCCCCAAGUUUAUUUUAAGAAGCCGCCACCGUGUUAUGGGCGUGCGCAACUGCCUCGACGGCAAUAAUAUGUCAGGACAACGCAAUAACCCCCUCGAACUCGGGGAACAGCCCGAGCAACCACCUUUGGAGGCCCCAGGGGCAGCUGCCCCCGGUGCUGGGCCUGGCCCAGCCGAAGAGAUGGAGACCCCACCGCCUCACAGCGAGCCCAUCCCCAUCGAGACUGAAGGCGAAGCCUGUGGACCCCCAGAGGUCUCCAGACCCAACUACCAGGACCUCAGCCAGGCCAUCAAGGAAGCUGGAGCCCAGGGAGGGUACAGCCCCCCUCCCGAGGAAGCCAUGCCCUUCGAGGUCGAGCAGGCCAGCUUGGGAAGCUUCUGGCCUACCCUGCAGCAUCCUGGAGACACCACUGGGACCGGUGCAGGCCUUGAGGCCUUCAGCCCACCGGUCAUGGAGCCCGGAGCCUCCCAUGAGGCCGUUCCAAGCCUGGGAAGCUACAGCCCUCCACCAGAAGAAGCUAUGCCUUUUGAGUUUGAGCAGCCUGACCAGGGAGACAACCAACCUCCCUUGCAGGUCUCAGACCUUGCUCCAGGAGGCCCAGGUUCGGUGGUCUUCAGGGCUCCUCCCAAGGAGCCCCGAGCCAUCAGACCUGCAAACGCAGGCAUCAGAGGAGGAUGCAGCCCUCCCCGCGAGGAGGAUCUGCCAUUCGAGUUUGAUGGAGCAGCCUUGGGGGACGACAGCCCACCCCCCGGGCUCCCCCGAGCUAUCCCACAGAUCGACGGCGGUGGGGGCAGCCAGAUCACGACAGUCGCGGUCUCGAGUGCGAUCCUCCUCACUCCCGCCGCGAACGAGCCCCCCCUCUGGGUCCCCGGCAUCAUCGGCAGCCCAUCUCGAGAGGCUGUCAGACCUUCUCCACACUUCGUGGGAGACAGCCCCCCGAUGGAGGUCUCCAGACCCCCGCGCGAGAUUGGCAGCGCCCCCGUUGGGGUCGAUGACGCUCCCGGCGACAUGGACAGCCCCCCAGUCGCGCUUGACGAUCUGCGCAUCGAGGUCUCCGGAGCUCCCGUUGAGAGAGAGCAAGCAGAGGGAGAGAGACCCCCAGCCGAGGGAGAAGCAGCCGAGAUGGAGGGAGGCUCAGCCACCACAGCCGCAGAGGGAGGCAAGGUCCCUGAUCCCGGGGACCGAGCCCCUGCCGCCGCCGCCGAGGCAGCACUGGCCGCUCCAGCCGCCGAGGCAGCCCCGGCUGCUCCAGACCCCCCCGCCGCCGGAGCAGCCCCUGCCGCUCCUGCCGCCCCAGCCUCUCCUGCCGCCCCGGCCGCUCCUGCCGCCCCAGCCGCUUCUGUCGCUGGGGCAGCCCCGGCCGCUCUUGUCGCCAGGGGAGCCCCUGUUGGCCGGGCGGCUCCUGUCCCCCGGGCGGCUCCUGUCCCCCGGGCAGCCACUGUCCCCCGGGCAGCCACUGUCCCCCGGGCAGCCUCCGUCCCCAGGGCCACUCCUAUCACCUGGGCAAACCCCACCUCGGGAGCCCGACCCGAGAUCAGUUUCCUUAGACCCCCCAGCCCGGAGAUCCAGGCUGCCGAUCCGCCUGUUCCGCAGCCUCCGCGCGCAUUUGCCUGGCGGGGCAGGUCAGAGCCCAGCUGCUGCUACCUCUACGACGACCAGAUAUCGGUCAGCAGCGACAGCGGAGACGAAUCCGACGAUGGGACCUUCGGAUGCCGCCGCUGGUUUUCGUCCAAGCGAAACCGCCGCCGCCGAAAGCCCCGGAGCAACUUGCUCCACAACUUCCUCGUCCGGGCCUUCCGAGGCUGCGUCUUCGGAUCCGAGAGCCCCCAGUUCAGAGGCUCCUUCAGCCCCAAGGUCAAGAAGGUUGCCUUGGCAGAGAAGCGCAGACAGGACCGCAAGGAAAACGCGGGGAAGUUUGGCCAGAAGCGGUCCGAGAAGAGACAUAGCCAGCUCACCAACAAGCAACUCCAGAACAAGAAGAUGGACAACUCGCAUACGCACCGCAUGCUGUUUCUAGCUGGACAAACCAGUGCCAGCGAUCGUAAGACCACGUCGCCGAGUCGUGGGGUGGGGGACGGCAAGAAAGGCGGGGGCUUCAGGUGA